GCAGACCGAGGAGCACCUCCUCCCGCGGACGCUGCAAGACGUGACGAACCAGGACACGGUGCCCUUCGGGGACGCGGUGCUGGCCACCUGGGACACCUGCGUCGGGAGCGAGAUCUGCGAGGAGCUCUGGACCCCGCACAGCCCACACAUCGACAUGGGCCUGGACGGCGUGGAGAUCUUCACCAACGCCUCCGGCAGCCACCACGUGCUGCGCAAGGCUCACACCAGGGUGGACCUGGUGACCAUGGCCACCACCAAG